AUGAUACCACCGAAUAGAUUAUCACCUAAACCUAAGCAAUCCUUACCAAAGAGACCGUUAUCUUCACCAAAGUUAUUCCGUUUAAACAAGAAAUCACGUUUAUCGCUACAUGACGAGUUAGAACAAGAAGACACGCGUAGUUUCAAUUUAGCUUCAUCAGAUGAUGAUUUACCAGCUUCUGCCUACUUUCAUAAGGGUAAAAAACGCGUCGGAUAUGGCUUAUUCGACGAUGAGGACAUCUCAGAAGAUAAGCAUGAUUACGAUCACUCAAUCAACCAACCAUCAACAUCUACUUCCAAGUACGCUAAUAGCAUUCCUCAAGAAGAUGACUCCGAUAAUAUUUUCAAUGCUCGUUCAACCCACAGACCAAAGAGAGGUCUCAGGAGGCUACAAUCUUCUUCACCUGAACCUGAACAUUUAACAUAUAGUUUCCGUGGCGCAAAAUGCGCUUUCCCAAAUCCAUACAAGGACAUCCCACCAUCAGUUAAACGCUUAUCUAAAUUAGAUCCUUCACAUGUUGAUUUCUUACCAACGCCAAAUCCGAAACCUAAACUUCUAUUUGCGGAUGCUCACCGUGAAUCACAAGCGAAGGCGCAGGCCGCAGAUGAGAAAGCAGCGAAAGAGAAGCGUAAAUCUAUGAUUGAACAACCAGAAAAUGAUGAUGAACUUGAAGAAUAUCAAUUGGAUGAUACAGAGACUGUGACGUCAAAGAAACGCUCUGCAACAAGUCAGCAACCACCAGUCACACCACGUCCUCAUAAAUUAUUGAAUCCAACACACACAGACUUACUAGCCUCAGCCAAGAAAAGCAAUAGGAGGGCACCUCAAUUUGGUAACUCAUUGUUGAGAUAACCGAAUAAUCAACGAUAUUGUAUGUAAG